AAUCCUCAUCAAAAGUCAAUAAUUAAAAAGACUCACUCAAAUCAAUUGAAUUGCCAGAUUAACACCAAUAAUCUUCAUCAAAAUAAACAAUUGCCUACUAAAUACUGGUCAAUGAGGCACUUGUUGUUUACAAAUUUUGAUCGUGGUAUUCUCUUGGACACGGAGAGCUUCUAUUCAGUAUGUCCAGAGGUAUUAAGCUAUCAUAUAGCAAAGCGUUGUAAAAACAACAUAGUAUUGGAUCCUUUUUGUGGAGCUGGUGGUAAUAUUAUACAGCUAGCAAAAACAUGCAAACGAGUGUUAGCAUGCGAUAUUGAUCCAAACAAGAUAAGAUUAGCACGGCAUAAUGCUGAGAUAUAUGGUGUUGCUCAUAAAAUUGAUUUUGUAGUUGGUGACAUUUUUCAAAUUUACCCGAAGUUAAGAGCGGAUGUAGUAUUCAUGUCACCACCGUGGGGAGGACCAGGAUAUUCAAUUGAUAAAAGCUACAGUUUAACUUCUAUGUGUGACAAUUAUUUCGGGGGAGGUUUUGGUAUUUUUGAUAUUGUUAAAACUAUUGCGCCUAAUAUUGCAUUUCAUAUGCCGAAAACCACAAAUAUAUUAGAAUGUAUGUGGUUGGCAAAUUAUUUUGGUAAAGUGGAAAUUCAGCAGAAUAUUAUUAAUGGAAGACUGAAUUCAAUCACAGCAUUUUAUGGAGACUUCAAAUAAAGUAACUGACAGUUGUCAGC